GACUUCGUAUAAAAGCUAAGAAAUGUCGUUAUUGCCUGAUUUAGACGUUAAAUCUUUGCUUAAUGUCGUAGAGGAAAAUUUCGAGCGAGUUGGCUUGAAAUCUUUUGCUAUUUGUAUGAUAUACAUCGGAGAGCAUGUUCUGCCAAAAGAUCAGUUAAUAAAAAAUUUCGAAGCAACAAUAAACGACGUCAAUGCCGGUUAUUGUGAUAUUAAAUUGUGUGGUUUGCUUAUGGUUUAUGACAGUUAUUUUAUACAUAUAAUUGAGGGUUCUGAGGAUACUGUUCAUAGACAUCUAAGAUUUUUAUUUGAACGCGAAGUGAAAUGGGUACAGCAGAAUACUCAAGAAGAUGAAGCUUCAUCUUCAGCGGUAGAAGAUGGGAAGGAAGGUCUUACUGUUAUUCUAGGAGAAGAAAAGGUGGCUACACAUGAAAUUAUAAUGUUCAAGCGUUUGAAAAUGCUAACUGUAUAUCAUUGCAUACAAACACUUACGUUUGAAGAUUGGCGAGCUUUGACCGCUCGGCCGCCGUCUCUCAUUGGCACGCUGGAUAUUCAUGGUUCAAUGGUAGAACACAUGGAACAAUUGCGAAUUUGUCUCGAUAAAAUUAAAAGAAUUUGCGCAUAUGCGAAAGCUGAUCAAGAUUUGUCGUUCGAGGGUUUAAGCGCAGUAGACCCUAAAAUGGAAGCGUUACCUGAAGCGGCUUUAUUGGACUAUCUCUUACAAUCACGAUUCAUUUUAGAUCUUCGACAUGUUGUACAUUUACAUCGACGUGUUGACGACUACGCUUUCUACUUCGAGAACGUAUGGCCUCUUCCUACUCACUUCACACCUCGUCUUCUCUACAAGUUGAAAGUAGAUGAUUCAUUUGUGGAGCCUCUUCCCGUGAUGCCAUGGGAGAUGAUACAAAAAGAAGUCGAUGAAGAGGAAAGGGAAGAACGGCAAAGUGGUAGUUCUUCAAGCGAUUAA